GGUCUGUUGGAUUCGGCUGCACCACUUGAACCAAGUUCACGGUGGUGCACGGCGAGUUCCGCACUUUUGCAGCGCCAGUUCUGUGGUGCAGCUGCAGCGCGAUACUAGCGCCACGGAGAAACGAAUGCCAAGGUGCAGGUGUUGUGCAGGCCUUCUGCGUCGUAUCGCCCGUUGUUUACGCGCUGGUGAAUUUGUAUGUGACUUGAUUUAUUUGCGUUGGCACUGAUUGCAGUUGUCGUAGAAAAAAUUAGUCAGCUCUGUUUUGUGCGUGUGUGUGAGCAUCGCUGCUCCACUGAACGACGACGAUGAACUGUGCCACACUGUCAACUGUCGUUCAAGUCGCCAUGGACCUUGUGGACUCGGACAGGGAUGAGAAGUUCAAUGACUUGGUCGCAAUGUUAGCCGUCAAGCUGGUGAGGAAAGACCGAAAUCGUAUUCCACGGUACCAUGAAGAUGUCCUUGGCAGCUAUUUUGAGUUUGAGUUUAACCGGCUUUUCCGACUGUCACGCGAGACCUUUAACUGUCUUGCAGACCGCUAUCAAGCAUCUCAGUUCUUCCCAGAAGCUCGUGGAGGGCGCGCGCGAAUCAGUGCCGAAAAAACGUGUCUCAUCGUUUUGAGCUAUCUCGGGAGCCAGUGCAGCAUGUACUCAAUUGCAGACAGAUUUGAUGUUACAGAGUCAUCUGUGCACGCAUGCAUCGAGAGGGUGCUGAACCUUUUACAUAGCAUGAGUGAAGAAGUGAUCGCGUGGCCGGACCAACAACGGCAAGAACGUAGCAAGGGUGGCUUCUUAAUAACGAGCGCUGGGAAGAGACCACGAAACAUCAUUGGCUGCGUGGAUGGAAGCCACAUAGAGAUAAACACCCCGACCGAAUCCCCACACUCGUACUUCAAUCGAAAAAAGUUUCCCUCUUUGAUCCUGCAAGGCAUAUGCAACCAUGAGAACAGAUUCAUAGAUGUGCUCGUUGGAUUUCCCGGCUCGGCGCACGACGCCAGGGUGCUCCGCGAAGCCCCUUUUUUUGAAGCUGCAGCAUCGAAAUGCAGCAAUGGUUACAUCCUGGGGGAUUCGGCCUAUCCGUUGCUACCAUGGCUUAUGACGCCUUACAAGGAUACACAGCGGAGCUUCUCCUCCUGGAAAAGGAAAUAUAACAAGUCUCAUUCCCAGCAGCGAAUUGCCAUUGAGGUGACAUUUGGAAUACUUAAGCAGCGAUUUCGCAGGCUGUACUUGGUGGACGCAGCCAGCAUCAAGCAGUGCUGCCUUAUAAUCAUGGGCGCAUGCGUCCUGCACAACUUAUGCAAUGAGGAGAGAGAUUUCUUCGAAGAGCUGCAGGAACUCCCGGAUCUGGAGGAAGUUGGAAAUGAUGACAGUGGCCAUGUGGUUGACCGCAGUGUGGCAGGCUACAGCGAGUGCCUGCGAAAAGCAGCCUUCUUUAAGCCUAGCGACGCCUACGGCCAGGAGGGCGGCCAGGGGGCCCCGUCGCCGGUCCACCACGGCCGUGGUGGUAUCACGAUGACGAUGGAGAUUACUGUGGAAGGUACUGGCAUCGAGCCGAAUGAGAUGGAAGGAAAAGGAUGGGUCAUCAAACUCAAAAAGUGUGUCGAAAAGCGCCGAGGCUUGAAAGUUCCAGAAGGCGUCGGCGACGCCAAGACGGCGACGCACAGCGGAGGUGGGGAGGAAGCCGGCUGCAAGGUGGCUGGAGCCGAAAACAGUGGCGGCGUUCGCUCGUACAAAGCUGUGGGAAGGAAGAUAGCUUAA